AUGGCGUCCCGCGCGGCGGUGCUGCUCAUGGCCGUGGUGGCCGUGCUGUUCGCCGCGUCGGCGUCGGCGCAGGAGCUGGACCUGGGCGUGCCGCCCGCGCCGGCGCCCGUCACGGGCGCCGCAGCGGGGACCGCGGCGUCGGCCCUGGCCCUGGCUUGCUCUGCCGUCUUCUCCAUCCUCGUCGCCGGUGGCCUCAUGCAGUAG